AUGGCCGCGGGCGGCUCGGGCAGCGGCGGCGGCGGCAGCGCGGAGGAGAAGACCUACCGCCGCUUCCUCGAGCUGUUCCUGGGCGAGUUCCGCGGGCCCUUCGGGGCAGAGCCGGAGCCCGAGCCGGAGCCCGAGCCGGAGCCCGAGCCGGAGCCGGCGGUCCCCCCUCCCGCUGCCGAAGCCGCGGGCGACGCUGAUGAGGAGCCCGGGGCAGAGGGAGAAGCGGGAGCAGCCGCCGAGACGGAGGAGGGAGAAGGCGGCGAGGGCGAAGCCGGCGACCCUCAGCCGCCCGCCCCGCCGCCGCCGCCCCCGCCGCUGCCCUCGCUGCCCCGGCCGCUCUCGGAGUACAUCACGGAGGAGGAGGUGGAGGGCGAGUGCCUGGACCUCUGCCUGCAGCAGCUCUACAAGUAUAAUUGUCCUUCAUUCCUGGCCUCUGCUCUAGCCAGAGCCACUUCAGAUGAAAUCCUGCAGAGCGACCUCUCGGCGCAUUUUCUGCCCAAGCGCGUGGACAACGCCGACGGCAUCAUCCAGAUCGAGACAGUGAAGUUGGCCCGUUUAGUUUACAGCAAACUGCACGAGAUCUGCAGCAACUGGGUGAAAGAUUUCCCCCUGCAGCCCAAGCCCCACCGCUACUACGAGACCUCCAUCCACGCCAUCAAGAACAUGCGCAGGAAGAUGGAGGACAAGCACGUCUGCAUCCCUGACUUCAACAUGCUCUUCAACCUCGAGGACCAAGAAGAACAAGCUUAUUUUGCAGUGUUUGAUGGCCAUGGAGGAGUGGAUGCUGCCAUCUAUGCCUCCAUCCACCUGCACGUGAACAUGGUCCACCAGGAGAUGUUCCAGCACGACCCAGCCGAGGCUCUGUGCCGAGCCUUCCGCGUGACCGACGAGCGCUUCGUGCAGAAGGCAGCCAGGGAGAGUCUGCGCUGUGGAACCACCGGCGUGGUGACUUUCAUCCGAGGGAAUAUGCUGCAUGUGGCUUGGCUGGGCGACUCCCAGGUCAUGCUUGUGAGGAAAGGCCAAGCUGUGGAACUGAUGAAACCCCACAAACCAGAUCGAGAGGAUGAGAAGAAGCGAAUCGAGGCCCUGGGCGGCUGCGUGGUCUGGUUUGGAGCCUGGAGGGUGAACGGGAGCCUCUCUGUCUCCAGAGCUAUUGGGGAUGCUGAGCACAAGCCAUACAUCUGUGGGGAUGCAGACUCUGCCUCCACAGUGCUGGAUGGCUCUGAAGACUACCUCAUUCUGGCCUGCGAUGGCUUCUAUGACACAGUCAACCCCGAUGAGGCAGUCAAAGUGGUGGCUGACCAUCUGAAGGAGAAUAAUGGUGACAGCAGCAUGGUAGCACAUAAAUUGGUGGCAUCUGCUCGGGACGCCGGCUCCAGCGACAACAUCACGGUCAUUGUGGUGUUUCUCAGGGACAUGAACGCGGCGGUCGCGGUCAGCGAGGAGUCGGACUGGACAGAGAACUCUUUCCAAGGUGGCCAAGAAGACAACGGGGAAGACAAGGAGAACCAUGGAGACUGCAAACGGCCGUGGCCCCAGCACCAGUGCUCAGCACCUGCGGAUUUAGGCUAUGAAGGACGAGUGGACUCCUUCACCGACAGAACUAGCUUAAGCAUAGGGUCCAGCGUUAACCCCUUGGAUGAUCAAGGCUAUCUAGACCUGACAAAAACAGAAACUAGUACACCUCAGAGUGCCAAAUGUCUGCCACCAGUCCAAGUGUUUAGUCCUGGCAUACCAAAGAGUGCGGGUUCGAUCAUGAGCUCCCCGGUGAAGAGCGAGUCCCCGGAGCUCAGCGCGUCCUCGGGCUGCGGACGGAGCGAUGGCGGGGAGGACGCAGCCCCUCUGAGCCCGGGUGCUGCAGGGCAGGGCAUCUACAGGGUCAGGGGUUUAUCCCCCAUCUUCUUCGGGCUGGAAGAUGAACUGUUCAAAUCCUUGGGAAAACGAGCUGCGUUCCCUCAUUUGCGGCUCUGCAACGGGAAGAGGCGGCGAGCAGCCAGGCUCAAACCAAAGUUUCACACGCCGCUCUGGGCUCACGAGCCUUCCCAGGGAGAAGGAUCCGGCCUGGCCCUCCCUGCCCAGGCCCGCAGGAGCAGGAGGGCACUGGCCCGACCCUCCCCGUGGCGGAGGCUGCCCAGCCACGGCUCUUACAGCGAGUGUUUGAUGCGAAGACAAAGUCAUUGUAUACCAUACCCACACCUCCAUCAAUGCUGUAAAAUGUAACCACCCCCUCGUGUUCCCCCUGUCAGACUCCCCAAGUAGACAUGCCCAAAAUAAAACUGGCAUCAUCAGAAAACGAAAAAAAAAAAAAAAAGUAAAAAAAAAAAGUAAAAAAAAAAAAAAAAAGAGGUGGGCAUUUCCGAACUGUACUCCAGUCCCCUGCCAAGCUGAACCCCUGUGUAAAUAGAUCUAGGAAUUAACCAAUGUAGUUGUUUCGAUCUCUAAUAAAGUUUGGUGGUGGUGCCGCCCCCAGCAACGCCGCAGCCGCCCGACCACCCGCACACGCCACACGAGUGUCCAGCCACAUCCAGCAGGGAGAGCCCGGCAGCCGCUGCUCGUGGACGGACAAGGCCAGGGCACGGUCCUUAAACACGCUGAAGGUUGCACCUGCCUGAGAAAUGUCUGUGGAGCAAUACUCAAAGAACGAUCUGGGUUAGAACUGCCAAAUUUUUUUAGAGCGGGGGGAAGUUUCCGUAGAGUCGAGGUGUGGGGUUGUUUAGGUUUUUUUUUUUUGUUUUUCGUGUUCUGCUUUCUGUUUAUUCCAGGUGAGCGUUAAGAUGAAUUAGAAAAUUACAUCCACUUUUGCAGGUAGACGACUAAAAGCCAUACAGGGUUUACCAGGUACCUUAGGAAUGGACACACUAAGCUCCUGCUGCUCUGGUCUCAGACUCCCAUAGAGGUACAGACUCAUGAUUUACCUUUUUUUUUUUUUUCAUGCAAUAUAAAAUGCGGAGUAUGAAGAAAACUUUUUUUGGAGUUUUUAAAAAAAAUUCUUUCCUAUGGCUGGAGGUGCAGUGUAGGGAAUUCGGUAUCUUUCUGGUGCUUUUAGUGGCAUUUUUCCUCAUUUCUCAGUUUAGGAAAUUGUUCUCAAUGAGUUAACAUGAUUGUGCUUAAUGCUUUGAGCCAACCUCUUCCCACCUUAACUUCAUCUCAGGUUUUAAAAGAACCCAACCCGUGGAGGUGCCCAGUCCCACCCUCUGUCCCUGCACCCGUCCCAGCGGAGAUCAGGAGCUGUUGGAUGAGCCGUGUGGUUCUGGUGAGGAUUCCCAGAUGGCAAAGGCAGCAUUUCACAUCCAGUGGCAGCAGGAAGGAGGCUGGUUCGGGCUGUGCAAGGAUGGAUGGAUGCCGGAGCGAUGCAGAGGGGAUGGAAAUGCCGAGGUGCAGCAGAGCAAGGGCUGCGCUGGGGUUUCAGCGGAGAGGGUGGAAUUCACCGGGCAGGGCUCCGCUCCGGCUCCCCCGGGUCCAGCCGGGCCAGGCAGGGACUCAGCCGCCCUCCCUUGCGUUAGCAGCGGCCACCAGCUCCUCCCGCUCCCGAGGUGAGGUCACACCCUCCGGGGAGCCGC